UAAAAUUUAACCUAAAUUCUUUAUAUACUUGUCAUACCUUGUUUAUGCACCCCUGUUACAGUUGUGUUACAAUCUAGAGAGCGAAAACGAAAACGGGAAACUGAAUGUAUGCAUUUCAUAUAAGAACAAUCAAUCAGAUGUCAAUGUGAAAAUCAGCUUUGAUAUGGACUUAGUAAUACUUUGAAUUCUAAAGAUGGAAAUACAAAUACAUUCAAUUAAUGUUUUACCAUUCAUCCUUGUUAAUCUAAUGUUUACGUCAACGAAAACAGAUGCCAGUUGUUCUUUGCCUACAGACCUAAAGAAUUCUGCUUGGGAAUAUAAUUACACAAAAGUGUCAGACAAUUCAACACAAUCAACCAUUCUUCGGCUAUCAACUACAACGUUACAAAAGUCAAUCAUCAAUUUAAGCGCUGUUGGAACAACAAUCAGAGAUUGGACUUGUAUUAAUAGUUUGGCAUUGUCGAACACGCAUACACUUGUGGUUUUCAAAAGUGACUCAACCUAUUCCGAUGGACCUCACAAUAACUACAGGCUGUAUCUUUGUAUGAAAUUUACAAAAGUGACCCCAGAUUUAUAUUACUUUUACCUUUUGUCAGAUAUUUCCACUGUUGUCACACCGAAUGAGAGAGUGUUUGUGUCAGAAGAAGGAAACGCUCCAGCUAAUGAUGCGCCGAUGUGUAGUACGUUUUGUAAAUACACGGGCUCGCCGAAAAUUCGUACUUUAAGAAGACCAGAAACAAGUGACGAAAUUCCUGGUAAUGCAGCAUUAUGUGAACCGUGUAACAGCACAUGUGAAGUGGAUAGAUGUGAUCCAAACCCAUGUCAAAAUAAUGGAAGUUGUGUGGAUUUCAAAGAGAAUUAUACCUGUACAUGUACUGAUGGUUGGAAAGGGGAAAACUGUACAAAAGACAUAAAUGAAUGCUUAGACAAAAAGAGAACUGCCAUGUGUUCUCAACAUUCUGAUUGUUUAAACACAGAUGGAAGUUAUGAAUGCAACUGUAAAGUUGGCUAUCAGGAAACGAACGGUACCUGCACAGAAGUUAAAAUGUCCACGGAAGAUAAAACCAGUAAUUUUGUAGUGGUAACUAUAAUAGUAGUAUGUGUUUGUAUAGUGGUAGGACUCAUUCUUGCUUACUUCUGGAAAAGAAGAUAUUACAGACAAUCGGCAUUUGGAGUAAAUAGCAACACUAAUUUUGAUGGUCAUAAAAACUGUGAAAAUGAACUCACGGAAGUAGAAGAAAAUCUUGUUGUUAAGACGUAGAAUAAUGAAAUUUCAAAUUCAAGUGGUCAAGACAUUGAUAACAUCUCUGUUGAAAAAGAAACCAUAAAUAACCAGCAUGAGUGUAACUGCGAAACAGCUAAGACCAACUAUAUAAAGUUGACAGACAGUCUACAGAGAAAGACACAGUAAACAAAAGUGCAUAAAACUUAUAUAUUGUAUUUGUGCGUCUGUAAAUAUAUAUACGACUGUAAAAUUAUUCUUAGCAAUGGAGCAAUAGAAAAUAAAACAUAGUUAUAAAGAAUAUUUUCGGGAAAACGUCAUUGUUUCAGAAAGCAGACGACAAAAUAUGUCCUUACCUACAUUUUAAAUUUAAAUUUAUUGAUUGGAACAUUUUUUUAAAUGUCCUUCCUUUGUUGACAAGAUGAUACGCGAUCCACAGGUUAAAUCUUGUAUGAUAAUAACUUUUGGACGACUCCCGUUCGACACUAAAUGCCUAUUAAAUGUAUUACACCCUUUUGACUGUGUGAAAUUUACAGCUGCACAACCUAGUCCUAGCGGAAUGAGGACUAUAUAUUUUACUGCUAACUUCCACGACACUACGCUUCCGAAUGCUUCAACAUGUUAAAAACUGUGUAUGAGCCUUUGUUUUCUCAAUUGUUUAUCAUGUACUAGAACACUAUUGUGUAGAUUGUUAUGAUUUUGUAAUUAUUAUGUUUAUUUAUGUUGGCCUAAUUUGUGUUGUAUGGCCUGAUAGUUGUUUACCAAAUAAUCUUAUAACUGUGCAGUUUAGGAAUCACUGGAACAAUCACAGAAUGAUUGGAACUUUCUAGAAUGAUCCUUAUAAAAGAUGCGUAAUUUAAACUUCUACGUUAUUCCAGAAACUUCCGUUGUAACUUUCCAGGAUUUUCCACAAUGUUCCAUUAUAGAGUGUUCUAGAAUUUUCCAUGACAACACUAUAUAUACAGACACUAAAGUUAAACUCUCAUAAUAUAAAACUUGGACAUAGACAUUGAUAGACAUAAGUAUUUACAGCAUUUGGAUUGACACUUUUAUUCUACAAACAACAUCAUACUGGAUUGUGACCUUAGUAUAGUGAACAUAAUAUUCAGAUUGGAUUCCGAAAGAUUUCCGGAUACAGAUAAAGAUAAAAGAUUGGACUCAUAUUUGACAGUUAAGUUGACAGUAAUAUUUGUGUAAUACCUUUUGUAAACUUUUGUAUAAUAAAUCUUGUUGAAUUUUACUAUUGAUUUGUGUCUUUUGUUGGCUACAAUUUAAAGGCGAUUUCUGGCCGUAACAAGAUACAUACAUUUUCAUUGAUGUACCAUAAUGAUUGUAUUCAAAAUAUAGCGUAUUAUCAACUUUUUUAAUAAAACUAGAUACAACAUCAAA